GAAUAAUCUGUCUCGCGCAGACACAGGAGCCUCUAUACAGACCGCCACAACUACAGUUCAGCCUCGUGCAGGCGCGGCCGAAAUAUCCUCUUUCACACAUUCACCCAGCGUGGCCCACUCCAUUAUCGCGCUAAACUCAUCUUCCUCAUCAAAGGCUCCAGCAACAGGAUCUCGCCCGCGUCCUAAACCUGCCUACAAGGGUGCUUCGGCUCUGAGCUCCAGUAGUGCCUCCUCCGAGUCCAGUUCGGCGCGUCAACCCGCGUUGAAUAGCAUGUCAGUCGAUUCUAACGGAGCCGUUGUCACUCCCCGUACUCCCCUACUUACUGCAGCCGCUCCUUACUCGAAUGUAAGCAGAGGAGAGGCCCUGACCGUACCUAUCGAGCUGUACUCGCAUGACAUCGCCGAGCGUGCGAAGCUCCGUGCGCGAGCUCGAGCUAACAAGAAUCGCGUCGCGCCGAAAUCGACCACUGUAUCCGAGCCAGAAGUGAUUGAGAUCCCUUCCUCGGACACAGAUGAGCUCAACCUACGCCCUCCGAUGAAGAAGACCAAAGCCAAGAAGAGUCUCUCCAAGUCGUCUCCUGCAAGGAGACACGAAAACUUCGCGCAUAUACCUGCCGAAUUAUCGCUUGAUGAGAUGGAACCUCUCCCCGUCGCCACGUCAGACUUCAGCGCCAAUCAUAGCUCGCAGCUCCCGCCCUCAGAUCCGCCGCUCCCGUCAACGGGGGCUCACCCACCUGCCACGCCGCCAAUAUUCGCAGCUGCAAACAACAUCUGCUUUUCGCCCCCAUUAUCCCCUUCACCUGUGCCGGUGCGCAAGCGGAAGAAAUCCCGGAACGUCGUGUUGGAUGAGGAGAAGGAUGAACUUCUCUUGGAACCUCGGAGCGCUGUCAUUGCUGCACCUCCUCCUCCGUCGGCUACCACCGCGAUGCCUGCGGUUGAUCUGCAAAGUAAAGGCUCCUCUUGCGCGGGACCUUCGGACGACUCCCGGUCGGACAAGAGUAAUGUCAGAUCCAGGGGCAAGAAGAGGGCGCACGACGAUGAUACUGAUGACCAUGACCGGUCAGAUGCAUUGUCGUCUAAAGUCAAGGCAAAGGCAAAGGCACGCAGGCGCGUGGCGGACACCGAUGAAGAGUGGGAUGGCGAUAAUGUGCAGAUUGUGGCAUCCAUGCCGGGCAAGAAGCGACAUGAGGAAGACGAAGACGAAUGGAAUGGUGACUCGCCCGUGAAGCCGAAGCCGAAGAAGCGGGAAAAGAAGGCAAAGCAGCAGAAACAAGGGGGCGUAGCGAGCGACACGUCAAAUUCGAGCAGCGUCAGUAAAUGUAAGCGGAAGGCAGCAGCGAAGGAGAAGCCGCCGCCGAUGAGCGCAGAGUGUGUCGAGGACUCGGAUGGAGAACGCGAUGCCAACUUAAUGCCUCCUCCCGAGGUGGUCCCUGUGCGGCCGAUCGCGUCUACUUCUACGCAUCAUCAUCUACCGCCCGACAAUUUGAGCGUCCCUUUGGCUUCAAUAAAAGAGCCUGACAGCUUCGGCAGUGCUGGAUGGGACGCGAACAGUGAUGAUACACGUACGAACUCGAAGGGUGGCAAUUCAGAUGAGAACGGUCGCCAGUCAAGCUCAGCGGCGAAGAAGGACAAAGGCAAGAAACGAGCUCUUGUCCUGUCAGAGGACGAGGAAGACGUCAACAGCCUCGAAGUCGCAGGCUCGCCCCCGAAAAAGGUUCGACGAGAGCCGGCAAAGGGUAGAAAGUCGGCGCCGGGAGCUUUGGAGCGGCUCUACGACGGUCACGAGAAGGAGAACGUCCCGGGCAGUUCGGUGCAUGUGCCCAUCGACCCGAGCACAGGAAACUCGGCACAGGCUGCCUCACAUUUCAAGCCACCCGCCGCGACCUUGCCAUCCAAAUUGUCCACAAGCAAUCGCUCCUACUCUGUCUCAUCGAGACGGUCACUUCCGAUGUCUGAACUGCUCCGAAAGGUGAAUUCACAGCCGGGAUCGCCGUUCGCGUCUACGCGUCCGACGUACUCCCCUCUCUUGAAGACCUCCAGAAGCUUCUUGUCUCGGAUCGCGCCACUCCAUCCGAACCGUCGCACCCCGCCUCCCCCGCUGCCGCGCCCGCCUCCGCCCAAGAAGACCAAGAAACAGAUCGAGCUUGAGGAGAAGUGGGAAAUGGAGCUGGAAGAUACGAUCGAAGGUUGGUACUGCUUGCCUGAAGAGGAACGCGCUGCGCUGCGUCGGGCAAAGAGGAAUGCGGAACUGGGCUUCGAGGAUUAGUUGGAUUAACGUUGUCGGGAGUGUCGUACAUAUCUGGAAG